AUGGUAAAUCAGUGGAGUCAUCGCAACUCGAGGGCGACGCCGGUCCGUAUUCAGACAGUUGGAGUCUAUAAAGUGCCGCGAGAGACGGAUUAUACCAGUUUACAUAUCAAAUUCUAUCUACAUUUUUCGCAUCGAUGCGCAUGGAUUGGCGGAGAAAGUUCUGGGCUUGCAAUAUCUCAUGCAUAUCAUCUCGGUCUCCAGAAGAAUCAAGUUGUGGAGGCAAUGUCUGCGUUCGAGGAUGAGAUAUCUCGGCUCCUUUGGUAG